AUGGAGCACAAGGCGGCAGCCACUCAGCAUGCAGAAUUCCGGCUAGACGUGGAGUCGUUGGGCGGGGGCCAGGGACAGGCAUCCCGCUGGGGCAUCCCUCUGGAGGCCCCAGAGGGAGGCUCGCCCCGCAGUCCUAAACCCGCGCCACUGCUAGCCCUUCGGGAGGUCUGGCGAUCGCUGAGCGCCAGCUCGCGGGCGUUGCUGGUGCUGGGCACUGCGCAGGCCCUGACCGCUGCCACCUUUGCGGUGGUGCAGUUUGCCGACGACUGGCAGCUGCUGCUGCAAGACACAGCCCUCAUCUUGUGCUCCGCGGUGCUCACGCUGGGCCUGCUGCUGGACGCGUUUGCCAGGGAGAAUGCCUACCAGCUGCUGGCGAGCCUGGCGCUGGGCGCCCUCUCCGCCAGCCAACUCAUUGUUUACCUGGCGACAGUGCAGGGCCGCGGGCAGGGCGGCGCCGCCGCGGCAGUGGCCGUCUGCCUGGCGCUUCAGCUGGCUGCCGCGGCGCUGGCCCGCUCCGCAUACCUGGGCUUUGGCUGGCGCAUGUACAGCAGGAUCGCCUCCAGCUGGCGCCUCCGCCCCGCGGAGCAGCAGCGGCAGCGUGCCGCGGCGCUGGCUCGUCAGCGGUUUGCCGCCCUGGCGCGGGCAGACGGCCUGCUGCUGACGCUGAUGCUACUGGUGGCGGCGGUGAACGCAGCCAACCCGGGAGGCGGCGACGGCCAGCCGCAGCCGCUGGGGCUGCUGGUCGGAGCGGCGGCGGCGGCGGUGCCGGUGUGCGCUGGCUGGCUGGCGGCCUGCUGGGCGGCGGCGUGCCGCCGCGGGCGCCGGCUGGCGAUGGCGCUCGACUGCGCCUACCCGCUCUGCUACGUGCCUCCCCUCCUCAUCAUGUUUGCAGGCGAGCGCAGCAGCAGUUUUGAUCGCGCGUCCCUGGGCAGCCAGCUGAGCCAGCCUCACGGCCAGGCCUACCUCAUCCUGUACCCGCUGCUCUUCCUGGCAGCCCGCACCGCCACAUGGUGGGCCACGCGCCAGCUCAGCGCCGCGCGCCAGCUCAGCGCCGACGACGACGCGCGCGGCGACGCCCAGCAGCUGCUGCUGCCGCCCGAGCUGGUGCCGCUGGCGCGCGGCGCCUGGCUGCUGAAGCUCCCCAGCAGCGGCAGCAGCAGCGGGCCUUGCGGUACCGCCUCUGGCGCCCUGGAUGCCGCCCCCAGCGGCUGGAGCUGCAGCACGUUCAAGGCAGACGGCGGCGGCGCAGCCUGCUGGCCCGGAGGCCUGUCGUGGUGGCCCGGCCGCGGCGGCGGCGGCAGCGGGGCGGCGGCAGGCCGGCAGCGCUUCUUCCAGCUGUCUCACGACGGCGCCUGCCUGCGCUGGGACUGGAACCGAUGGGUGCUCAUCCCGCACGUGCAAGGCAUCCAGUGCUGCGACGGCAGCCAGACCAUCAGCCUGCAGCUGCUGCUGGAGCCAGACCUGAGGCUGCGCUUUGCCGCUGCGCAGCAGUACGGCGAGUGGCGCCAGGGCCUGCAGCUGCUGCUGGCCCUGCUGGCGCAGCCCGAGGAGCUGCUGCCCAGCAGCUCGCCGACGGCGGCGGCGGCAGGCCCGCUGGCGGCGCGCGGCAGCGAGAGCUCGGUGAUGGCAGCGUCGGCGGAGGCCAGCCAGGAUGGCCGCUCUUCCAGCAGCCUUGGCAGGGAAGUGAUCCUACAGGUGGCGCCCUCGCCUCGUGCCCUGCCGGCGGCCUCGCCCUUUGGCCAGGCCGGCAGCAGCAGCAGCAGCCGCCACGGGGGCUGGCCUGUGGCCGCAGACGCGGCGUCGGCACCGUCCGCCACGCCGCUGGUCAGGGAAAACAGCCAGGUGCAGCGGCUGCGGGUGUGCGCCCGCUCGGAUUCCAGGGUGCAGCUGGAGUCUGCUGCGCAGCGCAGCCAGGCAGCCAUUGCGGCGGCGCUGCAGCGGCAGCAGGCGGCGGACGGCAAGCUGGAACGGCAGUCGGCGCCGGCCGGCGCGGCAGCGGCCGCGCCGUUGCGGCGUGCGGCCACCAUCCAGCUGAUUGCCUCGUCAGCCAGCGGACUUCUUCCCGAGCUGGCCACAAAGGGCGUCGGCGGCCAGGGUGCUGCAGGGCCCCACCCACGCCGGGCCAGCCGCCCGUCACCGCGGCUGCAGCAGCGGCACAGCCCCCGCGGCGCGGCGGGCCCAGGCGGCAGCGCGGUCGAGCGGCUGCGAUACGGCCUGCGCCGCGCCAUCACGCUGCCAUCUCAUCUAUGGUGGACCUACGGCACUGGCGCGGCAGCUGCCACCCCAGGGCUGGUUGCAGCGGCAGGCUCGGCGCAGCACAGCAGCCCCUCCCGCCAGCCUCUCAACGACCGGCUGCGGCCCAGCAGCAGCAGUGAGGACUUCACCGCAGCAGCUCUAGUGGCGGCGGCCGAGGAGCACGAGCGGCAGCGGAAGCUGGAGGCACAGCAGCAGCAGCAGCAGCAGCAGCACCACCAGCAGCAGCAGGCGGUGGCGCAGGAUGCCCCACACCAUGAGAGAAAGCUAACGCUGGGUGUGUGGGCGGAGGGGGCGCUGCCGUUGCUCGAUCUGCGACAGUCGCCGCGGCCGCAGCGGCCGCCAGGGCUGCCGCUGAGCGGCCGGCAGCACUAUGCAGCCGGCGGUGCAGCCUUGGGUGGCAGCUCUGCCGCUGACGGGGCCGGCGUUGCUGCCACAGGUCCGCGCCGCUCUGUGUCGGCGGGCGGUGAGCCGCUAGGAGGAGGUGGUGGUGGCAUCACGGUGCCGCAGCGGAGUCCCUUCAUCCACCUGGUCGCAGCAGCGGCAUCGGAGCAAGGGCCCAGCUCUGCCGGCAGCGGGGCCAGCACCCCGUAUCAGCGUUCGGCGGCAGGCUCGCCUCAGCGUGGCAGCCCCAACCGCCAAGAGCAGCUGCAGAGCUUCCAGCGCUACCUGCAGCACCAGCUGGCUGCUCAGCAGCGCGGCCGAUAUGGGCCUAUGGGCGACAGCAACAGCGGCAGCGCCGCAGGCACACGCCCAGCGAGCACCGCCGGCAGCCCGCAGCACGGCAGCCCCAGCAGGCAGGAGGCGGACGCUUCGCUGCUGUCGUUGCCGCGCGGAUCGCCUCCCACAUCCGCCAGGGAGGGCAGGGAGGGCAGGCAGGACGGGCCUGGCGCGGCAGCCGCAGGCGCCACAUACAUGCCAAACCCCCGCCCCCACCUCGGCUCAAUAACCACCGGCAGGUCCCCGCAGCAGCAGCAGCAGCAGUUUGCGACCCGCAUGCAGGCUGCCGGCCAGCCGCAGGCGGAGCUGGCGGCCUCCUUCCUGCCGCUGUCCAUUUUGGGCGGCAGCAGCCAGCCGAUGCCGGCGUUUGAUGCCGCGGCCAGCAGCGCAGACCCUGGCUCGGCUCCAAUGUCUGGCCUGACCAGCGUUGCCCCCCACAGUGCCAACCUGCUGACUCGUGCCGAGUCGUCUUUCAGCAGCUGGGGGAUGCCCACCCCCACGACUGCCACCUCCCGCACCGCCUUUGGCCUUAGCCGCUUCAACAGCUUGAUCCCCAGCGUGUCCCACACGCCGCUGGCCUCCUUCCGCCAGCACCCCAGCUUCGCCACCUCUUACCAGCAGCAGCAGCUGGCCGCCGCCACGAUCCUGGCUGCGGCUACGGGGCGGGGAGGGCCCGGCGGCGGCGUUGCAGGUCAGCGGCAUGGGCACAGAGACGCGCUGGAUGGCGGUGGCGGCGGCUUCGACAACAGGGGGUGCCGAGGGCAUGGCGAGGAGGGCAGCGUGGCGACCAGCCCUGACGCGUCUCCCACUAGCUUGAUUGCUGGCCUGGGCAUCAAUGUGCCGGUGGAGAUGGUCGACUUCAGGGACCUCGUCUUUGGAAAGUUUCUGGGCGAGGGCUCAGAGGGCUCGGUGUAUGCGGCGUGGUACCAGGAGACGCCUGUGGCUGUCAAGAAGACGCAGUCGCUGAUGGAGAUAGAGAUGAACCUGCAUGCGGGUGCCCACGACAACAUUGUCGGGCUGCGCGGCCUGUGCUCCCAUGGCAGCGACAUCUACCUCAUCAUGGAGCUCUGCCCCAGGGGCACGCUCGAUGUUUUGAUUCACAAGGGGCAGGGCAGCAGCCACCGGCUGGACCCGCUCAAGCUGCUGCCCAUCGUGCGAAGCAUGGCGCGCGGCAUGCUUCACCUGCACACCCGCCGCCCCGCCAUCUUCCACAGAGACCUCAAGCCUGGCAACCUGUUCAUAGGGCACGGCGGCGUGGUGAAGGUUGGGGACUUGGGCAUGAGCCGCUACGCGGCGCAGUGGCGGGGCCAGCAGGGGGACGGCGCCCUGGAGCGCACGCUCACGCCGGGCGUCAUCGGCACCGCUGCCUACUCAGCGCCUGAGCUGCUCAAUCCAGAGACUCCGGAUGCCGCAGACGACCGGCAGACGACAGCGGAGGAUGAGGAGCGCAUCCUCAAGGCUGAUGUGUACAGCUUUGGGGUGACGUUGUUUGAGGUGAUGGAGCGGCGGCGACCCUUCGCCGGCAUGGACGGCUUCCAGAUCCAGACGCAGUGGUACCUGGACCCUCAGUCCAUGCGCCUGCCCGCGGUCUCCAUCCCAGACGGCAUCCCGCCGCCCGCCCGCACCAUCAUGGAGGCGCUCGCGGGCCUGGUGGAAAGCUGCACACACUGGGACCCCGACCAGCGGCCCAGCUUCCAGCAAAUACUGGCGGUGCUGCGGGCAGCUGCUGGCGGCGGCACGGACAGCACGGCGCCGCCCACCCCGGCCGCUUCCUUUGUCGCCCCCUUCUGA